ACUGAUUCUUGAUACAUCUGCUUUAGAAUCCAAAGUCAUUCCGCAUCCUACGCCAUGGAUCAUCACCGAAGCUUGGACAACACCUUUGGAUGGUAGGAACAUGCUGAAUAUACAUUUAUUGGGAAAACAGUCGCGUUGUCCAUACUUUGCAAAACAACCAAACGUCCUGAUCCUGCGAUCGAAGACUAGACAGCCCAUCUUUCACCACCAUGAAGGCAACAAUACCGACUCUUAUCUUCGCGCUCUCUCUGACCGCCUUGGCCGACAAGAUCAAAUAUAGCCAACUUAUCCCGCCUGGAGCGAACGCGAUCCCAACCACGUCGAGCAGCUACGACUACUGGUGGCCAUACCCUCCUGGGGAUGUCAUCUCUGCAACCACCACGCCAGCGCCAGCGACAUGCCACCAGAUCAAACCGUUUCGAGCGAGCGACAUUGUCUCGAUCUCCCUGCUAUCUUCAAGUUCGGACGACACGAACAGCACCACGCGCAGCGACAAUUCAUCCUCGUCGACCUUCGCCACUCCUACAUCAUCGGUAUCGAUCAUAAUAGCCUCAGCACCUUCCUGCUUUCAGUCCCCUCUUCCCAGCCUGGUAGGCUAUCCCAAGAAGGAGCCGAGCGAAAGUAAGAUCCGCAUAUAUCUCAUACCCGUUCUCGUGGUCGUCGGCGCCAUUCUGGGUAGUCUAUGCGCGUGGAUUGGCUGGGGACGCUUCAGACGAAAAGGCCGGCGAGGAAAGACAGAGCUCGAGUAGGCCCGGCGGACGACUCAAGAGGUGGGGAAGCCCAGUGAUACGGCAUUUUCAUUGAGGGCAUAGAUAAUUAGUUUUACCGGCCGAUUUUCCUGAAAAAAGUUAACAGUCGCAAGUCAGCGGAAACAGUAAUAGACGCACUCAUAACAGUUGGUUUGUCUGUGGGCUAUUCGACCAUCGGUGGGAAAGGUUCAGUAGUU